CACAGCCUCCUGAACCUGUAGCCGUUCAUGGAAGUUCUGUCAAUUAUUAUUUAUCGCCUUUUUGUUUUUUUAAAGCCGGGGCCGAAUUAGUGCUGCUUAAUUUCAGCGGAAUUGCUCUCGUGGAAUUUGGGGUUUUCUUCCUUUUUCAAAGUAAAGACUGAGACGUUUGUGGUCAGCGUGGUCUUUUGUUCUCCAGGAUGCUGCUCAGCUUUGGGACAAAGGAACGCUUUCAAGCAAGGUUGCCAUCUAACAAAGAGCCAUAAAAUCAACACGAGAGUCUAAAAUUGAAAAGCAUUACAGACUGAUGUUUGUGUCAUUAUUACAUGUGCUUUUUUUACAAAAAAAAUAAAUAGUUUAUGCUAAUCAAGUCGCAGCUAAUUGAUAAUAGGCUAAUAUUCUCCAGUGUCAAGUCAAAGAAGCUUGUGCUCCUCAAAAUACUACAAUCAGAGUUGUUCAGAGGCUCAGACGUAUGUUACGUUUUGCUCUGAGCGCAGUGGUCCUGUCGAUGGGAAUGUGGAUUAAAACAUGCACAUAGCUGGCAGGGUUCAGUCUGCCUCCGUCCUCCUGGCAGGACAGUCCUUCCUCCAGCCCCGCAGCAGCUCCAGCUCCGGCGUGUCCUCAUGUUCCACUAGUUACUGACUGACUGACUGACUUGUCAGCACAGCCGGGAGCCGAGGGACCGAGGGGGAUAAAAACUCCGGCUGCGCCAUGACUUCGUCGGACAACGAUGAAACGGGGAGCGACCUGUCCGACUCCCUGGAGAUCCGCGAGCUCCAGGACCAGUACAUGGACUCCGAGAGCUGCUUCAAGUCCAAGAGUUUACCCAUCCUGAACGGGCCGUGCCGGCCGGACGGCAAGCCCGCCGAGCCCCGGCUGGUCAGCACCGCCAUGGAGGAGAGGAGCGCGCUCAAGCCCAAAACCCCGGACUCCAGCCUGGCGGAGUCGCCGUCCUCCAGGACGGACUUCUCCCCCUCCUUCUCCAGCAUGGUGGGGCUCAGCAGCUCCCUCCCCGUGGAGGGCCACCGACCCCCGGGCUCGGGAGGCAAAAAGCUCGGCUUCUCUCUGUCCCGCCUUAUCCGCAUCCCGGCCAGGAAGUACGUGCGUGUCAUCCUGAGCGACUCCCGCUGCUUCCUGUUCUGCAUGUGCUACCUGACUUUCAUCCAGUCCCUGAUGGUUUCGGGCUACCUGAGCAGCGUCAUCACCACCAUCGAGAAGCGCUACAGCCUGCGCAGCUCCGAGUCCGGCCUGCUGGUCAGCUGCUUCGACAUCGGCAGCCUGCUGGUGGUCGUCUUCAUCUCCUACUUCGGCGGCAGGGGCCAGAGGCCGCGCUGGCUGGCCGUGGGCGGCGUCGUGAUCGCCGUGGGGGCGGCGCUGUUUUCCCUGCCCCACUUCAUCUCGCCGCCGUACCAGAUCCAGGAGGUGAACUCCUCGGCCGGCCACGAGGGCCUGUGUCAGAGCGGCAACGGCAGCGGCCGCGAGCUCCUGGACAUGGCGUCGUGCCCCCGCGACCAGGAGGGCAACGAACACAACCUGUACGUGGCGCUGUUCAUCGUCGCCCAGAUACUCGUGGGCAUGGGCUCGACGCCGAUCUACACCCUGGGGCCCACCUACCUGGACGACAACGUGAAGAAAGAGAACGCGUCUCUCUACCUGGCCAUCAUGUAUGUGAUGGGAGCCCUGGGACCUGCAGCCGGCUACCUGCUGGGAGGGGUCCUGAUCGGCUUCUACGUCGACCCCAAAACGGUCGUCAACAUCGACCAGAACGACCCUCGCUUUGUUGGCAACUGGUGGAGCGGCUUUCUCUUGUGCGCCAUAGCCAUGCUUCUCGUCAUCUUCCCCAUGUUCGCCUUCCCCAAAAAGCUGCCGCCGCGCCACAAGAAGAGGAAGAAGAAAAAGAUGGGCUCCCCGGGCGACAUCUCCAGCGACGACGACGUGAUGAAGGAGAAGUCGGGCGGCAAAGGCCAAAACGUGUCGUCCUCCAUGGGCUUCGGAAAGGAUAUUAAAGAUCUCCCCAAGGCGGCGCUGAGGAUCCUCAGCAACAUGACCUUCCUCUUCGUCAGCCUGUCCUACACCGCGGAGUGCGCCAUCGUCACCGCCUUCAUCACCUUCAUCCCCAAGUUUAUCGAGUCCCAGUUCGGCAUCCCGGCCUCCAACGCCAGCAUUUACACAGGCGUCAUCAUCGUACCCAGUGCCGGGGUGGGCAUCGUGUUGGGCGGAUACAUCAUCAAGAAGCUGAAGCUCGGCGCGAGAGAGUCGGCCAAGCUGGCCAUGAUCUGCAGCGGCGUGUCUCUGCUCUGCUUUUCCACGCUCUUCAUAGUGGGCUGCGAGAGCAUUAACCUGGGAGGCAUCAACAUACCGUACACCACUGGGCCGACCCUGACGAUGACCCACAGGAACCUGACGGGCAGUUGCAACGUGAACUGUGGCUGCAGGAUCCACGAGUACGCUCCGGUCUGCGGCUCCGACGGCAUCACCUACUUCAACCCCUGCCUGGCUGGAUGCAGCACCGUGGGCAACGACAGCACCGGGAUCAGGAACUACACCGACUGCGGCUGCGUGCAGAGCCGACAGGUCAUCACUCCGUCCUCCGGGGGACAGGUCAACCAGCUGCAGCUGGUCAUCGUCAAGACCUACCUGAACGAGAACGGCUUCGCCAUGUCGGGGAAGUGUGACCGCACCUGCAACACGCUCAUCCCCUUCCUCAUCUUCCUCUUCAUCGUCACGCUCAUCACCGCCUGUGCCCAGCCCUCCGCCAUCAUCGUCACACUCAGGUCUGUUGAUGAACAAGAGAGGCCUUUUGCUCUCGGGAUGCAGUUCGUCUUGCUCAGAACUCUCGCCUACAUACCCACGCCCAUCUACUUCGGUGCUGUGAUCGACACCACCUGCAUGCUGUGGCAGCAGGACUGCGGCGUGCACGGCUCCUGCUGGGAGUACGACGUCACCUCCUUCCGCUUCGUCUACUUCGGCCUGGCCGCCAGCCUCAAGUUCGUCGGCUUCGUCUUCAUCUUCCUCACCUGGUACUCGAUCAAGCACAAGGAGGCGCGGGCCGAGCGCUGGCGCCAGCGCCUGCCCCCGCUGGGCACCGUCAGCGAGCUCAUAUGCCACGCCGGGGGCCAGAAGAGCCACGCCCGCACCCGCUCCUGCCCCGUGUUCAUCCCGCCGCGGGCCGAGCCGCCGGCCGCCCUGCUGCUCGACCGGGGCCACAGCAGCCUCAGCUGCCCGGGCAACUCCCUCAAAGCAAUAACUCCCCCGAUCCUGUUGCCGCAUCACCACAGAGGCUCCGCCCACGUCUGAGAGCACGCCAGCCGCCAGCCGCCAGCCCCUCCUCCCUCUCCGUGUGACACGUGCCUUCCUGUUUGUGUUUCUGCACAACACAGCGUCUGCUUUCCACCCCUCAGACUUCAGACAGGCAGAGACACAAGUGCGCCCCCUCCCAUACACCCGCCCCCCCCCCUAAAACCCCCACACACACACACACACCCUCAAAGGGCUGCUCAUUGUUUAUGAUGACAGGAGGCUGAAAGACGUUCUUUUUUUCCUCCGAGCAUAUCAUCAGCUGCAUCCACACCGAAGGCCAGACCUCCGCCUGGAGGGUGGGACGAUGUAGAGACAUCACAUGGUGCUACCGGUAAAAAAAAAAAAAAAAAAAAGGGCAGGGCAUUAUAACCUCUGUACGGACAGAUGAGUCAUCAUCAACACGGCAUCUAAAGCACAACAGACAAACCUGUACUAUGCAAGAUCCUAUGUACAGCUCCUCUCUCCUCAGUACUGUACAGCUCCUUCUGUGCCCCCUCUCUUCUUCUUCUUCUUCUUCUCCUCCAUCCAUCCAUAACCACACCAUCAUCAUCAUCAGUAGAGCCUCUUGUGUGUUUGAGCCAUUACACCUUUUUUUUUGUUCCUCCUAUGUAACAGUGCCUCUCAGGCCUCGGCCAGUCCAGUAAACAAAGCUGUCUCCUCCCAGGGGAGCGGCAGCGUUGUUACCCCUCAGCUUUUCUUAAGUUUGAAGCUGCCCCAAAGUUUUUUUUUAGUAUUAUUAUUAUUAUUAUUAUUAUUUCUCGCUCAAAGCCGAAAAACCAACGGUACCGCGCAGACGUUUACUGAAGCUACUGUACGUCCUAAAGAUCAUCUGCUGCUACAAUCGGCAUCGUUUUGGCUUCGUAACCGCCCCCCUCCCCAUUCUAGCAGCCGUCAGGUGUACAUAUAGUAGUGACUUAGCGGUGUAGACUUUUUAAAUUAGUAGCGCAGAAAAGCAUGAGCCCUUUUUUUUUUAAAUCUGAUUGUUCAGGCGACGAUUGUUGUGGCGCGAAGGCCGGUGAAUGUUUGUCAGAUCUGCUGUUCUACAUAAAAAAACAAAAACGGUUCUUAAUCACUGCUGAACUUUAGCUCUCCAAAGAUCACACUUGAGAAAAAAAUCAAAAGGCAUGUCUGAACUGCUUGCGUGAGCCUUAACUGUUACACUGGGCUCGUGUUAUCUCGUGGUUUAACCCCCAACACACACAAACACACACAUGUGCUGAAGAGGUGUUUUGAAAAACCAAACUUUUAAGGAGCGGGAUUAAAAUAUAUAAGUCUAAGAUUAAAUAAAGUUACUGUAUUUUAUAUUCUGAUCAGUAUGAACUCAUUUUUAGUUCCUGAUAGUUUUGCGAGUAGAGAAAUCGGAUGCAGGUGAAGAUUGAAUUCAUUUUUUUUUUUUAGUAUUACUUGACCUCAAAUGACUGAAAAUACUCGCGUGCGAUCAUUGUGUAAAUAUUAAAGCAGAUAAUAUAGAGCUCUCGCAUAGUUAAAAAAAAAGCAUAUUUAUGAACUAACCCAUGACAUUGUAGUUAAAACAACAAAAAAACAAAUAAAUAAAUAAAUUAAUUAAUAAAACUAAACAGUGGAUUUGUGUCACGGUGCCAGAACAGUAUUAUUUAAAUGGGGGAUGAAUUCAUUUUAUGCAACUGAGGGAGGGAUUAUUUUUUCUUGACUAAUUGAAAUGAUUAUUAUUAUUAUUAUUGAAUGCCCUUCUCUCUCUCUGAUUCUCUACUCUUCCCUCUGAGCUUUAUCAUGCUUGAUUAAUAAAAAACUAUUAUUGAUCAAAUUCACUGCUGCUAAUGAACAUGAUCCUCCUCUUCAUAAUUUAACAUUGUCUUUCUUUUUUUCUUUUUUUUAUUAAUAGCUGCUCUGUUCUCAUCCUAAAGGUUUGUGGUAAAAAAAUGUCCUGAACAUGUUAAAAUAAAAAUGUAGUUUUAAAUGUAUUUAAAGCCUGUGGCGUGACCUUUUGUCAGAUCAACAAACGAGGCUUUUUGUGCAUCUCGAGUUGCAGGAGCGAGAGUAGAGAAUCAUCCCUUCACUGGACUGUAAACCUGCUCCCUGCUACCGCCUCCUGCAGUUCAAACGUGGCGCCUUUAACACGUUUUACCUUUCGAUAUAUAUACAUAUAUAUAUAUAUAUAUUAACCGAAGAAGCGAGGUUCUGGGGUCGUAUUAUCUUUGUGUUCCUCAGGAGCCGAGGUCUAGUUGAUGUUUGUGAACAGCUGGUUUACAAAAAUGCCUUGAAUACUUGAUAUUUGUCAUUAAAAACUGAAAAGUCGACUUGUUGGGAGUUAUUGCACAAACAAAAACAAAAACGAAACACGCAUGAGGUUGAAAGGGUUUAUUUCUUAACAGCGACAUGGUUUUCCUGAAUCACUUCCACACACACCGUCAAGAAAAGAAAAAGGGCAGAAUCCUUUUUAUCGUCGUAGACAAAGCUGGAUUAUCAAAGCACCGUCCUGUAACUAAUUAGUGACGUUUCUGGAACACACACACAAAAAAAUUAUAAAAAAAAGAGUUACACAAUGAACACUUUCUAACCCCCUGGUGAUUGUGUGAGCGUCUCCCUGUGAUUAGUAAGGCUUAAAAAGUGAGUAAAUGGUGCAACCGAUUAUUAAAAAGUGUUUCUUAGCGUGAAGCAGGGGGUGUUAAACUGUCCCAUGAUUGUCUAAAUUAACUACAUGUUAAAGAAAAAAAUAAACAAAAAAAAAAAAAAAAACGUGUGUGAAACAGGUUUUUACACAUUUGACAAUCCAGUUUUUAGAUGUGACAUCAGAUUAGUGGGUGGAGCCUGUGAGAGGAUUCAAAAGUGCAUUUGGGGUCGGGGGCGGGGGGGGGUGGGGGUAUGUGAUGUGUGAUGGGGGGGUUGAGAUGGUUUCACCACUCACACUGUUUUUCAUAAAAACGUAUUUAAAAAAACACGGUGUUAUUUCAUCCACGUGGAAUUUCUUUAAUCCCAACACUUAGCUGCAAUAAGGCUUUUUACUUUUCUAAAUAUAUAGAUUUAAAAA